AAAACACGCUGCAAAGGAAUACAUUGAGCGCACGCUCAGAGAAUGGAUGCGAUUAGAUAUUGAAGGUGCAAAAUGCUCCCCUAGCGGUCAGAACGGAGUUAAAAAGCAGCGCGUGAGCGGCAGCACGCCACUGUGGGUCCGAAGCUCGAGUUUGACAAGAGCCACAGAAAAGUUAACAGCGGACUUGAGACGUGUGGCAUCCGCAGAGCAUCAUGGCCAACAAAGCGCAGCCUCCUCACCUGCACCUGGCCGAAGUCACCGCGUCCCAGUUCCUCGACAUCUGGAAGCAUUUUGAUGCCGACGGCAAUGGUUAUAUCGAAGGAAAGGAGUUGGAGAACUUCUUUCGGGAGCUGGAAUCAGCCCGGAGGGGAGCCGGCGUGGACCCUUCAAAACCAACAUUCAGAGAUAAGAUGAAGGACUUCAUGCAGAAGUUCGACAAGAACAAAGAUGGAAGAAUUGAGAUGUCAGAGCUGGCCCAGAUUCUUCCCACUGAAGAGAACUUUUUGCUCUGCUUCAGACAAUUUGUGAGUUCCAGUGCUGAGUUCAUGGCGGCAUGGCGACGAUACGAUACAGAUCGCAGUGGCUACAUCGAAGCCAACGAAUUGAAGGGCUUUCUGUCGGACCUCUUGAAGAAGGCGAACAGACACUACGACGAGCAGAAGCUUAACGAGUACACACACACCAUACUCAGGAUGUUUGAUCUGAAUGGAGAUGGAAAACUGGGCCUUUCAGAGAUGGCAAGACUUCUACCUGUUCAGGAGAAUUUCUUGCUCAAAUUCCAGGGUGUCAAGCUGACCAGUGAGCAGUUCAAUGCAAUCUUCACAUUCUACGACAAGGAUGGGAAUGGCUACAUUGAUGAGCUCGAGUUGGACGCCCUGCUACGAGACCUUUGCCUGACAAACAAGACGGAGGCAGACUUGAAGAACCUGAAAGAUUACAAGCAGAGCAUCAUGAGCUUGUCUGAUGGAGGGAAGCUCUACCGCGGAGAGCUUGAAAUCGUCCUCUGCAGGGAGCCAAUUCAAUGAUUCCUGAUCCUUUCUUGUUGUGUAUGAUUAUGUCUGCCGCCUCCCCUGCUCCCCCAGUAGAACAUUCCCUUCCUGCUGCCUGCGCCCGACCUCCCAUCUUCUCCCAAAGCUAAUUCCAAAUGAAAUGAACCAUUGGCACUAUUUAGAUUUUCUCCAUGAACCCUUCUGCAACCUGACCUCUCACCCCUAAGGUGAUCUUUUCUUAAUCCUGUAGCAAGUCUGAAUAUUCAAUUUGAAGUCUUAACUUAACUUAAUGCCAUGAUAUGUUUGGAAUUGCAAUGUCGGUUUUUGGCCGAUAGUGUUAAUUGGAAAUCUCAAUAAAAUGCUUCAACAUGA